AUGAUGCUCAACGCAGCGCUGCUCGUCACCACCCUGCUCGCCUUCAUCAUGAAAGCACAAGCUGCUACUCUCCCAAUCCGAAUCUUAACCCACAACAUCCGUUAUGCCGCCGAUCCACCAGCCGCAGGCGAGAAGCCCUGGUCAACCCGGAAACAACUGAUCCUCAACGAGCUGCACUACAACACGCUCCACAACCCCGAGGCCUUCAUCUGUCUACAAGAAGUGCUCAACGAGCAAAUCGUCGAUAUAAUGGCCGGUCUCGGCAACGAAUGGGCCUACAUUGGCGUAGGCCGCGACGACGGCAAAACCGAAGGCGAAUACAGCCCUGUCAUCUACCGCCCAGCCGUCUGGGAACUCGUGACCUGGAAGACUGUCUGGCUAAACGAAGACGGAGCUGUUGGGAAGAAAGGCUGGGACGCAGGCUCCGUUCGCAUAGUGACCAUCGGCACGUUCAAGCACAUGACAAGCAAGAAGGAAAUAGUAGCCAUGUCGACACAUUUCGACAACUCCGGCGCUAUCUCGCGCCGCGAAUCCGCGAGGAUUAUCGAAGGCAUUGCUGCGGAUAUCGCUUCCCCGGCUUCAAACUACUCGUCCACUGGCCUGUCUUUCUUCCUAGCCGGCGACCUCAACUCUGAGAUUACGGAUGAUGCGUACAUCAUGCUGAAUAACGCGUCGUCUCUCCUGCACGAUACGAAGGAGCAGGCUAAGUGGCUGUAUGACUACACUCUGGCGAACCCGGAUACUAUCACCAAGUACAAGGUCGCCGCCGACAUCUCCCAGAAAGUCCUCAAGGAGGUCUCCGGAUGGAUCGCCGCUGAUGCCAACAUUGUCGAGCUCUGCGAGCGCGGUGACAAGCUCCUAGACGAGGAGGUCGCCAAGGUCUACAAGGGCAAAAAGGUCCUUAAGGGCAUUGGACACUGCACCACCAUCUCGCCGAGCGCCUACAUCACCCCGUACACACCACUCAAGACCGAUGCCGAGGAAGCCGCCGUGACACUGAAGGAGGGAGAGGUUGUCAAGAUCCAGCUGGGUGCCCAGAUCGAUGGCUUCUGCGCCAUCGUUUGCGACAAUGUCAUUGUCGGAGCUGCCGACGAGGUCACCGGAAAGGAGGCAGAUCUCAUUCUGGCUACACACUACGCGAAUGAGCUUCUGCUGAGGUUGAUGGUACCCCCAGGCUUGGUUGCCCAUGGCGAUGAGGAGGAGCAAAAGAAGGCUGCGUCAAAGAAGGCCUACACUCAGAGCCAAAUGACCAACAUGCUUGAGAAGGUUGUCAAGGCGUACGGUUGCAACCUCGUCGAGAGCACCACCAUCUGGCAAUUCGACCACAACGAGAUCGAGUCCAAGAAGAAGAUCAUUCUUGCGCCCGGCGAGGGUGUCCGAGGAGACGGUCUCCCUGAGGUCGGCGAAGUGUGGGGUGUUGAGAUGGGUGUCAGUCUCGGAAGCGGCAAGGUCAAGAGCAACAGCAACAGGACCACUCUACACCGACGUACAGCCACCACUUACCAGCUCAAGCGCCCUACCUCGCGAAGCCUGUUGUCUGAAGUUGUCAAGAAGUUCGGCACCUUCCCCUUCAGUUUGCGCCAGCUUGAGGACGAGAAGGCUGCCAAGGUUGGUGUUGUCGAGUGUGUCCGCACAGGUGUGCUCCGCCAGUACGAAGUCGUCGUUGAUAAGGACAACCAGCCCGUAGCUAGGUUGUUCAGCACUGUUGCGAUUACCAAGAACGGCAUGCAGCGCCUGGCUCAACCCGCUGGCAUCGACACCUCUAAGUACAAGUCUGACAAGAAGAUUGAGGACGAGGAGAUCCUCAAGAUUCUCGAACAGCCCAUUGGAAAGACUUCGACAAAGAAGAACAAGAAGAAGAAGAAGAAGCCCGCCAAGAAGGCCGCUGACGGCGGUGCUGCUCCUGCCGAAGAGGAGGAGAGUGACGACGAGGAGUCCGUCCAAGCGUCCAGGGCACCCUCGAACAACCUUCAGCGACUCUCAUUCCUUUUCGCCAUGCCGGCCCUCCGCAAGUCUCUCCGGGAGUCGCGCGACUUCAAAUCGCAGCAAAGGUCCAGCACCACACCCUACGCCUCACCCACCGGCACCCCGAGCGAGCACGUCAACGAGAAGAAGCAACGUUCAAUUACCGAGUGGACUGAACCCCAACCGCAAACUCUGGCCCCAUCGUUCGAAGAGCACGGGUUUGCGCGGCACGGCGUCUUGGAGAAUAUGGCCCCCCUCGGUGUACCUCCAAAGGCCAAGGACAAGCAGCGCGCGCGCGCUCUCGACGGACCGGCUGCACGAAAUUCGCUAUUGGGCAAGAGCUUGGGUUUCGGUGGUGACGAGGUUGGGUCGACGCCAGAAGUCACUCCAGCUCCUGAGCUUGAGCCUGACGACUCAGAGCGGCAAGAGGAGGAAGAGAUGCAGGCCGCUUUUCCCAUCCUCGAGGACGACGAGGACGACGACUACGAGCCCGCGACAAAACCGAAGAAGAAAGUGAAAGUGUCGAAAACUCCCGUCAGGGGCAAGACCCCAGUGCAGAGCAAGACACCCGUCAACGGCAAGACGCCCACAAUGAAAAUCGGUCACACGAAGAGCGCCUCGGUUUCUGCGAGCCCGGCAGUACAAGCCGUCUCCAUGUCGGAGCCAGUUGAGGCUGCGACUCAGCGCAUUCAGAUUGCUGUCAACGAUGCGAUUUCCAAAGCCAACAGCAACUCGGGCAAGCGCUACGUGGGCAUUGCCUUGAGGCGCGCCUACGAGCAGAGCAAAAUCGAUUCAGACUUGGCAGACGCGAUCGAAUCAGUUAUUCACAGAAAGAGCACCAAUGCGCAGAUGGUCCGAUUUCGCAUGUUCAUCAAGCAAUUCAAGCAAGAGGAAAAGAUGAGGUUGGGCUUGAGCAAGAACAGGCGCUAUGACCAGCAAUCCGCAGUGAAUCAUGGAGCCUCAUUCUUCAGUCAGCAGCCGUCCCCAAGGGCCAGCAGUGAGAUUGUUCCUGAUGACUCUGCCUCCGCCGUCAACGACUACCAAGAUCGAAACCUCCUGAACUCUACUAAUUCGGCUACAAGCUUUUCACACAAAGCAUUGCAAUCAGCUCUCGAUCAAAAUUCAGGUCAAGCACUUCACCCGUUCAGCAGCGCACCCGCUCUUCCAGCGACUGCAGAUACCUCAACUGAGUCAACACCAAGAAUGCCGCCCAAGUCGCCCAGAAAACGAACCGCUACCAACGGGACUCAGGCCCAGGAUUCUGCAAUGGAUGUGGACGGAGGAUUAUCCACCGGAGCACCCACUCCAGCAGCGAGGACACCGGACACUGGUGGGAGCGAUUCUGAGCUGUCAGAUGUCAACGAAGAGAUCGUCCAGAAAGGCCCUCCAGAGCCUGUGCAGGUCAAUGGGAAACCCGCUGCAGCUGCGCCUGUCGUGCCACCGAAGAAGGGCAAGAAUAUUGCGGCUGCGCGUGCUGCUAAAAAGAUGAAAAGCAAUGCCGGGAAGCUCUUUGGAAAGCAUGCCUACAAACAGCAGCCACCGACCGCAGAACAGCAAGCGGAAGAUGACCGAAUCUAUGAAAUGCGAAAAGCUAUGGUGGACCAGCAGCCUAUUCGCAAGUUCGAGCAAUUCCCUCCUCCCGUCUCUGAUGUUCGCUUUGAUGACGAAAUUCUUGAGACUGAGUCUCUGACCGACUCUCAAAUCGCCGUGGGACCACCUGUUGAUUCUGAUCAACCACGACGCGCCGGACGAGUUCCAAACCAUGGCACCAAACGCCUGCGAGAGGAUCCGUCGCGCUUCUCCUCACCUCAGUUCGAACCCGCCAUGUCGUCGCGUCCUUCAACGCCAGCAGUGGGGCCGGCACCUAAGCGGGUCAAGCUCACCAACGGACAGGGCGCCAGGACAAAACGAUCGCCGGUCAAAAACCGAGACGCAGGACCUAUUGCUGGUGUAGCCUUUACUGGUGGUGGCGGUUCGAGACAGUUGGGGCCUGAUGACAAUGACCCGAACUCGCCACAGUCAGAGAGCGACGACUUCUGCUCUGCGUGUAGAGGCGCAGGCGAGUUUGUGUGCUGCGAAAACUGUCCACGCGUCUUUCACCUUCUCUGCUGCGAUCCGCCGCGAACAGAGGUUCCAGAUGGAGCGUUCUACUGUUAUGAGUGCAACACAAAGUUCGCUGUAUCCGACGAUGCCGCAGAGUCGUAUCCUAGCCUGGGACCCCUCUUCAACAAGCUUGAGCGCACAAAUCCUCGCGCGUUUGCUCUGCCUUCCGACAUCCAAAAUAACUUCGAGGGCGUUUCUGCACGUCCUGACGGCUCGUAUUUUGAGGAGGUCAAGAAGUUUCCACUAGCGAAGAACAGUGGCUAUGGCUACCAGAAGCCUGAAUACACCAGACUUAUCGAUGCUGACCACAAAGUCAUUUUAUGCACGCAGUGCGGAGUGUCGAGCGGCCACAAGCGCCAAAUGCUGAAGUGUGACUUUUGUCACGCGUACUGGCACUUGGACUGCGUCGACCCGCCUCUCGCUAACCCGCCACACAUCAGCCUUGAGGCAUCACAGCGGGAUGCCUGGAGGUGUCCUCGACAUAUUGAACAUGACCUGCGCAGCGGUUUACUGUUGCAGAACGACCUGAGUUCCAAAGAUGGGGAUUCUGAAAUGGCCGAUGCCGCGCCGGUGACUCGGGUGCCACGCAGAGUGCGUGUGCGCAAGCAACCUGAAUACGUUGAGCCCACCUUUUCACGUGGCAUUCGCAACAAUGGAUUGAUCGAUAUCACUAAUGAUCCUGACGACGACACUGAUGGCGAAGGUAAUUAUGUGUUUGGUGACAACGAUCCCAAGGAUGUCAACUCUAAGAUCUUCCGUGUUCCGGAGAAGGGAGUCAUCCUUGACUUCGUCAGCAAGGUCAAGAGUGGCCGUGUCGUCAAGAAAGCAGAAGCCCGCAAGUCCGCAGAAGCUGCAUCACAGCGCAGAGCGUCCAUGCAAAAUUUCCUUGCGCACAACUUCCAGCAGCAGCAAGCAGCACUGUCUCUGGCGCAGCUGGCAAAUAAGACGCCGGAGAUGAAUCUGGGUGAGGGCACAGUUCAAGCUCUCAUCCUCGGUCUCACUUCCGAAGCUCCCCCGGCCGUCAUCACCGCCAUGUCCAACGCAGACCCACCACCACCCUCUGAUGACGAGCGCGCGCAGUUGAAGCUGCUUCAGCAGCUCAUCCAGCGUCGACUUGGAGCUUGA